AUGUCUCUCACUCCUGAGCAAAAGUACGACCUCAUCACUCGUAACCUCCAAGAGGUUCUCGGUGCUGAUGAAAUGAAGAAGGUUCUCGCUGAACGUGAUCUUAAGAUGUAUUGGGGUACUGCUCCCACUGGUAGACCUCACAUUGGUUACUUUGUGCCUAUGACCAAGAUUGCUGAUUUCUUGUCUGCUGGUGUUGAGAUGACCAUUCUCUUGGCUGAUCUUCACGCUUUCCUCGACAACAUGAAGGCACCACUCGAACUCGUCCAACAUCGUGUCAAAUACUACGAGCAAAUGAUCAAGACUGUCUUGACCUCUCUCGGUGUCCCUAUUGAGAAGCUCAAGUUUGUCAUUGGUUCAUCUUACGAGUUAUCAAAGGAAUACACCAUGGACAACUUCCGUUUGUGUGCUCUUGUCACCGAACACGAUGCCAAGCGUGCCGGUGCUGAAGUCGUCAAGCAAGUUGCCUCUCCUCUCUUGUCAGGUUUGUUGUACCCUGGUAUGCAAGCUCUUGAUGAAGAGUACUUGAAGGUCGAUGCUCAAUUUGGUGGUGUUGAUCAACGUAAGAUUUUCAUUUUGGCUGAAAAGUACAUGCCUCAAUUGGGUUACAAGAAGCGUUCUCACUUGAUGAACCCUAUGGUGCCUGGUUUGACCGGCUCCAAAAUGUCUGCUUCUGACCCUGACUCCAAGAUUGAUUUCUUGGACAGUGCCAAGGAUGUGUCAAAGAAGAUCAAAAAGGCGUUUUGUGAGGAAGGCAAUAUUGAGGAAAACGGCAUCUUGUCUUUUGUCAAGUCUGUCUAUUUCCCUCUCAAGACCUUGAACGGUAACAAGGCUACUUUCACUGCCAUUCGUCCCGAGCAAUACGGCGGUAACAUGGUAUACGAUAACUAUGAGGCUUUGGAGAAGGAUUUCGCUGACAAGGUGGUUCAUCCUGGAGAUUUGAAGGCUGGUGUCAUUGCUGCUAUCAACGAAUUACUGGAUCCUGUUCGUAAGGCAUUUGAGGAUCCUGAACUCCAAAAGUUGUGUGAGUUGGCCUACCCUGUUGCUAAGCCUGCUGAAAAGGUCAACCCCAAGAAGGACAAGAAGGAAAAGAAGAAGGCUGAAAGAGCUGCCGCUUUGGCUGCCAAGGCUGCUGCUGCUGCUGCUGAGAACGGCGAUGAGGCUCCUGCCACUUCUGAAGAGACAAAGGAAGAGGCCAAAUAA